CGCAUGCGCGCCCUCCGCUUAGCCCGGAAGCGGAAAGUGUUCCUAUCUCACCGCGCCGGAGUCGUUCCCCAAGCGAGCGGCGGAUCCAUUGCAGCGGCAUCAUGAGCCUCUUAAAUAAGCCCAAAAGUGAGAUGACCCCGGAAGAACUGCAAAAGCGGGAGGAGGAGGAAUUCAACACAGGGCCACUGUCGGUGCUCACACAAUCCGUUAAAAAUAAUACCCAGGUGCUCAUCAAUUGUCGCAAUAACAAGAAGCUCCUGGGGCGUGUCAAGGCCUUUGAUAGGCACUGCAACAUGGUGUUAGAGAACGUCAAGGAGAUGUGGACCGAGGUGCCCAAGAGUGGGAAAGGCAAGAAGAAGUCCAAGCCGGUCAACAAAGACCGUUACAUCUCGAAGAUGUUCCUGCGGGGAGACUCGGUCAUUGUCGUGCUGAGGAAUCCCCUCAUUGCUGGCAAGUAAACAGGCUGAGGUGGCUCACAAGCCUGGCAAUGCCAAGAUGCCACGUUUCUCAAAAGACUGGAAUCUUCUUGCCUUUAGUUUUAAGGCGGGGAUAUCUUAUAGUCAACCGUCCUUCCGAUGUUUCUUGUGUCACAAGUGUGCAGUUCCGUGACGUGUUGAUGCAUGAAAUUUCUCCCGUCAAUUCAGUACCAUGUGGGAUUUUGAUUCCCCCCCCCUCUUCUUUUUAUAUAAUAA